AUGGUCCUGGUGGCCUUCCCCAGCUCCCGUGCUCCACUCCACGCUCGCUUCUUGUCUGAGAGGUUGGUUUCGAGGGCCUCUGAACUGCUGGACCUGGGGUGGGCCUUCGAGGGCGUCCGGCUGCGCUGCUGUGAGCACUUAUGUGCGUGGCUCCGGUGCAGGUCUGGGCUUGUUCCUGAGAGCGGAGGGAUCACCGGGAAGCAGCCCCCGCCGCGACAGGCUGCCGAUGGUGUCCCUGUGACCCCUGUCCUCAACAGCAGUCCCUCCAGUUCUAACCCGUCCCCUCUGACGUGCAUGGUGUCUGGUGGUCUAGCCUGUGCUUCCCAGGUAACUCCAGGUGUGGAGCACAGAUUCUGCACAUGUGGUCCUGGCCGUGCACACGUGGUCUUGGGGCCACCCUCCAGCACUUUCUUGCCCUCUUUUCAUUGUGGGUUUGUCCCCAUCCUAUUUGCGUCCCCGUGGAGUCUUCUGCUGGAGAGAGAGACGCCUUCUCAGACCAUUGCCUUUUGA